AUGACUCUAACCACGUACCUCAGACUGGAGAAGUUUCGGCGCUACAUUCCUGACUGGCUCUGUGUGGGUGUUCUCUUCGUGUUUUUUUUUCUUGUUGCUGAACGGUCCAGACCUUUCAAUCGUCAGUUCAAAUUGAGUGACCCAACCAUUCAGCAUCCGUUUGCGGUGGUGGAAAGGGUCUCUGGGCCGAUGUGUCUUAUCUUGGCGGCCACGGUGCCAUUGGUGGUGAUGACAGUGGUGACUUUCGUCAAGCACAGAAACCAGAAGGAUCAUGCAUGGCAUGUUCUCCAGGUGUCGCUUUUGGGGUCGUUUUUGACAGUUUGCAUCGAUGGAGUUGUGACUGAUAUCUUGAAGAAUUGGGUGGGACGUCCUCGGCCCGAUUUCUUGGCUCGCUGUGGGCCCAUUGCAACAACUCCACUUGAUACCUUUGUGGGCAUUAACGUAUGCACUGCACCAUUGGGAGAUCGGGCACUUGUGGAUGGAAUGCGGUCUACUCCCUCGGGUCACCUGUCCAUUUCUUUUUCGGCAUUCUUGUUCUUGUCCAUGUGGCUUUUCGGUCAGUUUCAGCUUCUGCGUAACGUCUCGACUAACCCGGUCUAUUGGUACUUGUUCGCAUUCACUCCGCUCCUUUUGGCAUUCUACGUGGCUUUGUCUAGGGUUCAGGACUACAGACAUCACUUUGUGGAUAUUAUCCUGGGAGGCAUGUUGGGAUGUACGAUCGCUGUGGUGGUGUACCGUAAGUUCUUCAAUUCGAUCACUGGGCCCAAAAGUCACGAGAUUGUUGGCGAGGAGGAGCUGCCUAUGCUUCCUAUAUAG